UUCACCUCGACACAAUCCAUCACAACACACAGCAAGAAAUUGCAGACACGAAAUUUUCUCUUCUCUCCGUUUUCUUCCAUAUCCAAACACGAAAAAUCAAGCUAUGGUCUCAAGGGUGAAGCGAGUCCCAACCAAGUCAAUCAAGGACAUCCGUCGCAACAACAACCGUCGUUGGCGCCGGAAAACCCCCAUUAAAAACGCCGUCGCGGCUUCCUCCGCCGUCCUCGCCUCCAUCCACCGCCGCAUCACCAAAUUCUUCUCCAAAUUGGCGCGUCUCAGCCCCGAUCGCAAGAGAGCUAGCUACAAGAUCCUCAAGAAAACAAGCCCACAAGACGACUCCAUUUGCAGAACCCUCGUCUUCGACGGCGGCGACAAUGACCCUUCGCCGCCGCUGCCGCUACUCCCUCCGUCGAUAUCUCACCGGAGAACCGUCUUCCUCGACCUCGACGAAACGCUAGUCCAUUCCAACACCGCGCCGCCGCCGGAGAGCUUCGACUUCGUUGUCCGCCCCGUGAUCGACGGCGUGCCGAUGGAAUUCUAUGUCAAGAAGCGACCCGGGGUCGACGAGUUUCUGGAAGCGCUGGCUGCGAAGUUCGAGGUGGUGGUUUUCACGGCGGCGCUGAGGGAGUAUGCGUCGUUGGUUCUGGACCGGGUCGACCGGAACCGGUUGGUUUCUCACCGGCUCUACCGGGACUCGUGCAAGCAAGAAGAUGGGAAGCUUGUGAAGGAUCUUUCACUGGCGGGUCGGGAUUUGAAGCGGGUGGUUAUCGUUGAUGAUAACCCGAAUUCGUUCGCGAACCAGCCGGAGAAUGCGAUUCUGAUUAGGCCAUUUGUUGAUGAUGUUUUUGACAGGGAGUUGUGGAAGUUGAGAAUGUUUUUUGAUGGGGUUGAUUGCUGUGAUGAUAUGAGGGAUGCUGUGAAGCAAUUUUUCACAGUGCAAUGGGAAUUCUAGAAAAUUUUCUGCUUCUUUUUUAUUGGUUAUUGGUUAUUUUCCUCUUGUGAAGUUUGUUUAGGUGAACAAAAUCAUGUGUUGAACAAUGAGUUGUUCAAUGUGUAGUGACAAAAAAUAGUAAACAGGGAUAAUGUUUGUGUAUUGCCCAUUCUUCUGCUUAAAUUCAAUGGCUAUAUUAGUUUUGAACUUUCUAUUGCAGUAUAUUUUACUUCAGUCAUAGUCCUAUAUGCUAAAUGUCCCAUAUUCAGGGUAUAAACAAGGCUAUUUCAUUUCCA